AUGGCGUCAAUAAAGUGCUCAUUCAGGUGGAUCAAGCCAUUGGCCACAGAUCCCUGGUUGCUUAUACUUAUCCUGUUUUCUGUACAACACAUAUAUGCGAGUGCAAAGAAGUUUAUUGGGCCUUGCGGAGGAAGAGAUUGCUCAGUUUGCCAGUGCUUUCCUGAAAAAGGGUCUCGGGGUCAACCAGGACUCCCAGGGCCACAGGGUCCUAUUGGACCCCUGGGACUGCCAGGACCCAUUGGAAUUCCAGGAGAGAAAGGGAUGAGAGGUGACAGCGGCCCUCCUGGAGCAGCCGGUGACAAAGGUGAUAAGGGUCCAACUGGUGUUCCUGGAUUUCCAGGUUUGGAUGGCAUACCUGGGCACCCGGGGCCUCCUGGAUCCAGAGGCAAGCCUGGAAUGCAUGGGUACAAUGGCUCGAGAGGUGAUCCAGGGCUUCCAGGAGAAAGAGGAGUUCCUGGCCCAAGAGGCCCCCCAGGCCUUCCUGGGGAAAAUGGAGAAAAAGGAAAUUCUGUGUUCAUUUUAGGUGCCAUUAAAGGAAUUCCGGGUGACAGAGGGGACCCAGGACCUCCUGGCUUGCCGGGUGCUCCGGGCCAUCCUGGGAGACCAGGCUUGAAGGGUAAUCCUGGCGUGGGAGUGAAGGGGCAAAUGGGAGAACCGGGUGAAGUUGGCCAGCAAGGUUCUCCUGGACCCACCUUAUUGGUACAGCCACCUGAUUCUUGUCUGUAUAAAGGAGAAAAGGGCAUAAAAGGAAUGCCUGGUGUAACUGGACCUCCAGGACCACCAGGACCCAAGGGAAAACCUGGAUUUGGGGCCAAAGGAGAGAAGGGUGUUCCUGGGUUCUCAGGACCACGGGGUGAUCCUGGUUCCUAUGGGUUGCCAGGCUUUCCAGGAUUAAAGGGGGAACCAGGACUGUUUGGAGAUCCUGGAUCGUUUGGAUUUCUUGGCCCAAAGGGGGACCCUGGAGAUCGCGGGUACCCAGGACCACCGGGUGUUUUGGUAACUCCAUCUCUUCCGCUCAAAGGUCCUCCAGGGGAUCCGGGGCGCCCUGGCCGCUAUGGAGAAACGGGGUCUGUUGGACCGCCUGGUCCCCCUGGUCCCUCAGGACCACCAGGGGAAACCUGUGCAGGCAUGAUGGGACCCCCUGGGCCAGGAGGGUUUCCUGGUCAUCCGGGAUUUCCAGGGGCAGCCGGUAUCCCCGGGAGAGCUGAUUCCACUCCAGGGAAACCAGGGAGCCCGGGACCACCUGGGUUGCCUGGAGCUCCAGGACUGCAGGGCCCUCCAGGAUCAGAUGUUAUAUAUUGUAGUGUCGGGCACCCUGGACCACAAGGAAUAAAAGGCAAAGCAGGUCCUCCAGGAAGAAGAGGCUCGAAAGGAGAAAAAGGAAACGCGGGGCUCUGUGCCUGUGAGCCUGGUCCCAUGGGCCCACCAGGCCCUCCGGGACUUCCUGGGAGGCAGGGUAGUAAGGGAGACUUGGGGCUCCCUGGGUGGCUUGGAGAGAAAGGUCAUCCAGGCCCUCCGGGUGCUGAAGGAUCUCCAGGACCACCAGGAAAACCCGGUGCUGCAGGACCACUUGGCAGUAAAGGAGAAAAGGGAGACAUGGUUGUGUCGAGAGUGAAAGGGCAGAAAGGAGAAAGGGGUCCUGAUGGGCUCCCAGGAUUUCCAGGGCAACAGGGACAACAUGGCCGGGAUGGACUUCCUGGAGAAAGGGGGGAUCCGGGACCCCCGGGGGAUCAUGAAGACGCAGCCCCAGGUGCAAAAGGGUUUCCUGGAUUGCCAGGGCCCCCAGGAAGAACAGGACCUAAGGGACAACCAGGACUAGGAUUUCCCGGGCCACCAGGAGAAAGAGGGCCACCAGGAGCUCCAGGCCGUCCUGGCGAGAGGGGCCUUGAGGGCCUGAAGGGUCAGAAAGGCGAUACAAUUUCUUGUAAUGUAACCUACCCUGGGAGGCCAGGGCCUCCAGGUUUUGAUGGAGCUCCAGGACCAAAGGGACUUCCGGGCCCUCCGGGCGCUCCAGGGUUGAGGUGUUUAGAUGGGCCAAAGGGUCAGCGUGGCAAACCAGGAAUAUCAGAAAUACCUGGUCCACCUGGUUUUCGUGGUGACGUAGGAGAUCCAGGUUUUGGAGGUGCAAAGGGGUCCUCCCUUCCUGGGCCCCCAGGCUCUCCCGGUUCUCGUGGAGCAAAUGGGCAGAAAGGAAUCAUGGGAGACACUGCCUACGGCCACCCAGGUCCCCCGGGAGAGAGAGGUCUUGCAGGGGUGCCGGGGUCAAAAGGACACAGAGGUGAUCCAGGACCUCCAGGCUUUGCAGGGCCGGCUGGUUUGCCAGGAUUCCCAGGUCUCAAAGGCCCCAGAGGCAGAGAGGGAAGUGCUGGGUUUCCAGGGAUCCCAGGUCUACCUGGCCAUUCCUGUGAAAGAGGCGCCCCAGGAACACCAGGGCAACCCGGACUCCCCGGGGCUCCAGGCAGUCCAGGUGCCCCAGGUUGGAAAGGACAGCGAGGGGAUGUGGGGCCUCCUGGUCCGGCUGGAAUGAAGGGUCUCCCUGGAGUCCCAGGACGGCCAGGGGUAGAUGGACCCCCCGGACCCCCAGGGCUCCCAGGCCCCAUAGGCGAUGAUGGACUGCCUGGUCUUCCAGGCCCAAAGGGAUCCCAGGGGCUGCCUGGCUUCCCAGGUUUUCCAGGGGAGAGAGGAAAGCCUGGCCUGGAGGGGCACCCUGGCCGUAAAGGGGAACCAGGAGAGAGGGGUCGGCCUGGCUUCCUCGGAGACAAGGGGGUGAAAGGCGCCAAAGGAGCAAGGGGACCCCCAGGAGAUGAAGGAGAGAUGGCUGUAAUUUCCCUAAAGGGGAAACCCGGGGAACCUGGACCUCCUGGAGAUAGUGGGUUCCCAGGAGCAGAAGGUGAUAAAGGCAAUCCGGGGAUGCAGGGGAGGAGAGGAGAGCCGGGAAGAUACGGACCACCUGGAUUUCACAGAGGGGAGCCUGGGAGAACUGGGCACCCGGGGCUCCCUGGAGCCCCAGGCCCUCCAGGCUCACCCGGGCUGAGAGGCAUUAUUGGUUUUCCAGGAUUUCCAGGUGACCAGGGUGAACCAGGUUCUCCAGGGUCCCCUGGAAUUUCAGGAAGCGAUGGACUGAGAGGCCCUAAAGGAAACAAAGGGGACCCUGCUAGUCAGUUUGGCCCACCUGGUCCCGAGGGAGAACCAGGUAGCCCUGGAUGUCCAGGACAUCUUGGAGCACCUGGAGAGUGGGGCUUGCCGGGUGUUCAAGGGCCCAGAGGACCACCUGGAAGGCCAGGACUACCUGGCUCCUCCGGACCACCAGGCUGUCCAGGUGAUCCAGGAGUACCUGGGCUGAAGGGACAUCCAGGAGACAUGGGGGAUCCUGGGCCAAGAGGCAUGAUGGGGGACCCGGGGACACCAGGUCUUCCGGGAAUAAAAGGUCCCUCCGGGUCACCCGGUCUGAACGGCUUACAUGGUUUAAAGGGUCAGAAAGGAGCCAAAGGCGCUUCAGGCUCGCAUGAAGUGGGCCCACCUGGCCCAAUGGGCAUACCUGGGCCGAAAGGGGAGACAGGAGACCCCGGGAGCCCAGGAAUUUCUCCCCCAGGCCUUCCUGGAGAAAAAGGUCCCCCCGGUCCCCCAGGGAGACCUGGAUCACCUGGUCCCGCAGGUGCCACAGGAAGAGCUCCUGAAGGUGACAUUCCUGACCCAGGUCCCCCCGGCGAUCAGGGACCUCCCGGCCCCGAUGGUCCAAGAGGAGCACCCGGGCCCCCGGGCCCCCCUGGGAGUGUUGACCUUCCGAAAGGGGAACCAGGAGACCGGGGUCUGCCGGGUCCCCCGGGCCCCCCGGGCCCCCCAGGCCCUCCAGGACGCAAAGGCUUCCCGGGAUGUGAUGGAAAAGAUGGCCAGAAAGGACCAAUUGGAUUCCCGGGACUACAGGGGCCACCUGGACUUCCGGGAUCUCCUGGGGAGAAGGGUUUACCUGGCUUUCCAGGCAGGCAAGGGCCCCCUGGGCCUCCAGGUGCCAGAGGUGAACCGGGGCCACCUGCAGACGUGGAUUCCUGUCCCCGAAUCCCCGGGCUUCCUGGGGUGCCAGGCCCAAGAGGACCAGAAGGAGGCAUGGGGCCCCCCGGAAUGAGAGGCCCCCCAGGAGCAGGGUGCAAAGGAGAGUCGGGGCCGGAUGGCAGGAGGGGCGAGGAUGGCCUCCCAGGGUCUCCUGGGCCUCCUGGAAGCAAAGGGGACACGGGAGAAGCGGGCUGUCCCGGAGCACCAGGCCCUCCUGGGCCCAUUGGGGAUCCCGGGCCCAAAGGGUUUGGGCCUGGAUACCUCAGUGGCUUCCUCCUGGUUCUCCACAGUCAGACAGAUGGAGAACCCACCUGCCCAGCGGGCAUGCCCAGGCUGUGGACGGGCUACAGUCUGUUGUACCUGGAAGGACAGGAGAAGGCUCACAACCAAGACCUGGGUCUGCCGGGGUCUUGCCUUCCCAUGUUUAGCACACUGCCCUUUGCCUACUGUAACAUCCACCAAGUCUGCCACUACGCCCGGAGAAACGACCGAUCGUACUGGCUGGCCAGCGCUGCGCCCCUGCCCAUGAUGCCGCUCUCGGAAGAAGAGAUCCGCCCAUACAUCAGCCGCUGUGCCGUGUGCGAGGCCCCGGCUCAGGUGGUGGCUCUGCACAGCCAGGACCAGUCCAUCCCCCCGUGUCCACGGACCUGGAGGAGCCUCUGGAUCGGUUACUCGUUCCUGAUGCACACAGGGGCUGGGGACCAAGGAGGAGGGCAGGCCCUCAUGUCCCCGGGCAGCUGCCUGGAAGAUUUUCGAGCAGCGCCGUUCCUCGAAUGCCAAGGCCGCCAGGGAACUUGCCACUUUUUUGCAAACGAGUAUAGCUUCUGGCUGACAACAGUGAGGCCUGACCUGCAAUUUUCCUCGGUGCCAUCACCAGACACCUUCAAAGAAAGCCAGGCCCAGCGGCAGAGAAUCAGCAGAUGCCAGGUCUGCAUGAAAUACAGCUAG